UGAAUGGACUGGUCACUCGAUUGGAAUCUCUACAGAUGAGGCUGCUGGCCUUAGUGGCAGUGGCUGUGUGUGCUGUCACUCAAGCCGAGGAGGGAGCCAGACUCUUGGCGUCCAAAUCGCUGCUGAACAGAUAUGCAGUGGAGGGGCGCGACCUGACCUUGCAAUACAACAUCUACAAUGUGGGCUCCAGUGCUGCGUUAGAUGUGGAAUUAUCAGAUGAUUCCUUCCCUCCAGAAGACUUUGGCAUUGUCUCUGGAAUGCUCAAUGUCAAAUGGGACCGGAUUGCCCCCGCCAGCAACGUCUCCCACACCGUGGUCCUGCGCCCCCUCAAGGCUGGGUAUUUUAACUUCACCUCAGCGACCAUCACUUACCUGGCCCAGGAGGACGGGCCUGUUGUGAUUGGCUCUACCAGCGCACCUGGACAGGGAGGCAUCCUGGCCCAGCGGGAGUUUGAUAGGAGAUUCUCCCCCCAUUUUCUGGACUGGGCAGCCUUCGGGGUCAUGACCCUUCCCUCCAUCGGCAUCCCCCUGCUACUAUGGUACUCUAGCAAGAGGAAAUACGACACCCCGAAACCCAAGAAGAACUGAAUGGGGCUUCUACAGCCCUCUUCUAAGAAAUCCAGGUGCUUUGCAGACUCCCAGGGCUAUGUCAAAUGCAGUCUCUUCUCCCUCGGCCCUUGACCACCUUCCCCUGGGUCCUGGCCUGUCCUCUGCCAGAGGGAAGGAGCCGGGGCCCAAGAGUCUGAGGGCAUCCUUGGUUCCACUGUGAAGCCAUAUAAGCAGGAAUGCCUUUGGCAGCUGCCCGGAGCCUAGGAGGCCCCUCUGGGACUCUCCCAAGGUGCUGUGGGUGUACUGCUGGCAAAGUGAAUUCUCAGGAGUCCAGGAGGCGCACUUCAGAGACCACCUGACACCCUCUUCACCCCCUCAGCACCCACUCCCCCCUCCACCUCAGAAGAGUAUGGAAGAUGAAACAGAAGCUGUGGGCCCUUGGAGGCCUAAGGUCUUUGUUUUGAGUCAGCCAAGCGCUUACUGAAUGGGGUUUUCUAAUAAAAACAAAAUGCCA